AUGCAAAAAUCCGGGCAGGAACUAAAGCAUCAAAAACCAAAACCGUCGAAAAAUUUAAACUCCAAACGUCUGCCCAGAACUACGCCAGCGCUACAGACCCUGGCAACAACAAGAUCUCCGGCGCCGACAGUACUCGGACAAAAGGAACCAGCCAUUGAUGCCCAAGAGACGGGACACGCGGAUUUAGAGUCCCAGGCAAGCGCUUCAGAGAGGAAAAGUUCCCGAUGA